AUGGUUGAAUGUCACGCGGGUCUGGAAAUAGCCCCAUAUAUUUCCUCCGCAAUGCGCCGGGAGAUUUUAUUUUCGACCAGUCAAAAGCCCCGGACCGGCGACGGCGGGGUAGGCGGGUAUGAGGCGCUGGGGUGUAGAGAGAAGGAGAGAGUGAGAGAGACCCCGCACCCGUUUCCAUCUCGACUUUUUGAUCCGAACUAAAUUGGAUGUCCACAUGCACACGCUCCAUCCCCUCCUCUUACUCCGUCAUCGUCGUCGUCGUCGUCGUCGCAAUAGCAGCAGCAGCCUUUGAGCUUUUUGCCUUUUUUUUUCCUCUGCUUUGCUCGUGCCUUUUUUUUUUCUCUUCUUAUUAUCCACGUCGGACAAACCCCUCUCGUCUACUUGCCUCCCUCCCAUACACCCCCCUAUCCGUCUCCUCUUUCGCGACCCCGAAGCAGCACGCGCGUGGAACACGCAGUCGACUUUUAUACAUUUCGGUCGUCCCCGAGUUUCAUUUUCUCCGGUCCGGAUUAUACGGUUAAAGAUAGCAGCCAGCUAGGUAGGUAUAUAUAUAUUAUACUGUGGCGGAAAAAAGCGUAUAGAAAAAUCCUCUUUAACGAAAAAAAAAAAAAAAAAAUGAUAAUAAUAAAAAUAACGCGGAAAGAAAAAGGAAUAUAUUUUUCAAUUUUCUCUUUCCGGCUAACAGCAAAGUACUGCGCGUAUAUACUUACCCUGCUACCACCGCUUGGAAAAUGUGCAUGCUCAAUAUUAUUAAAUAGAAGCUCAGCGGAUUCUGAAGAACAAAGUAUUCGCUCUUUAUACCUAUAGAUAUAUCUAUGUGUAUAUAAUAUAUAUAUAUAAAUAACUAGAUAAAAGAGUAAAAACGCAUAUAUUCUUAUAACAUUAAAACUCGGCUACUUAACUUUAUGUGAGAGUAUACGAUUUUCCGCGAAAUCUAUUAGUAUAUAGAAUCGAUAAGUUAAUAAUUUAGCGUUUAAUAUUAAUAUUUAGAGUUAUGGACGGACUGAAUUAAAGACAAAUGAUCGUGUCCUUAAUGAACUAGUUGAAUCCAGAGAAUUAUUAAGAUCAACCAAAGAAAGGAAAUGGCGAUUAAUUGGGCACACUUCGAGACAUGACGAUAAGCUGUACCACAAAAUAAUUGAAGGAAAAAUUGCAAGCAAGAGAGGCAGAGGAAAAACGUGUACGCUCAUCAAUGGAGUCAUUUCUGAUGCUGGACUAAUGAGGUAUAUGGACCCGAAGAGACCUGUCAAUAACAGAGAAGAAUUAUGCGAUAAAACUGUACAAUCAACAUUAUGGUUGAUUACCAAAGAAAAAAAUAUUAAUUAA